AUGCUGUUUAGGUAAUGGAAGAUAAAAAAAAAAAAAAGAUUAUUAUUAUUAUUCAGGUCAUCAGCCUUUUAUUUCAGUUUCUAUAACCAGUCUAAGACAAGUUCCCAUUAUUUAUCCUCUUUCUGAAUCUCAUGAGACAUGAUGUUUUGCGAAUAUAGGUGUAGUCACUUGGUGUAGUGUUGUCAUCACUGGUGUGUGGUAGAACCUCACACUAUGCUCUAUCACUGGUGACGACACAUGGGCUGUGUGUUGAGAAGGUCAACAUAUGGUGAACAAAACAGUAUGAAUAAUGCUGCUUGCUCUAAUGCUUUUGUCUCUCACUUUAUAUUUAAUAGACCACCCCCACCCUCCAACUACCUCACCUCCCAACCCUGUUUCCUCUCACAUGAUUCUAUAUUGAUAUUAUACAGUACCAUUCCCUACUGCCAGUCCCUCUGUCAGCAGGGUUGGAGGUUCUGUAUAUACAACCACGUAUAUACAUACCUGGAGUAAGGCAACAUUGUCACAAUUUGUCAUGUAACUGUAUAAACAUUUUAAACCUUCUAUUUUACAUGUCAGCAUUCCAAAAACAAUGGUAAAUGUGAAAGGAAAAGGGGAACUUGUCUACUGUGGUAUUUUUGUGGCCUUGGGACAUAAAUUGUGUCUAAAACUAGUUGGUGGAACUACUUUUCUGAUGUUUUCGGGUGUGGAUGAUGGUGGGGCUUAGAAGGCAGCAGUUACCAAGUUGCCAUGACAACAAUGGAGAUACAGGAACUUAACAACAAAAGAGCCCAGUUUGAACUACAGCGUUGUAAAGAGUAAUGUUAGAGUUUACAGUAGUAGCUCUCAUUAAGGGAUUUUAGAGGUCAGCAGUUACCAAGUUAUUUAUUCAGUGUGGGAACAGCCAGAAGCCCCUCACCCAGGACCUCAGACAAUUUAGGACCAGAGCCAGUUUUGCUUUAAGGUGCUGGGUAAGUUCUUGGAUCUGCAUGUUGAUGAGAUGAUGGAGGAACUCACAGGACGGGUGCUGGAGGAAGACGAGGAAAAGAAGAAGAUGCAGAUUCCACAACAGUUUAAAAAUAAAACAGGUCUCUUUAAACAAAGCAGUCCUGACUCGACGGUGUCCGCGAUUCAACGAGACUAUCUGAGGAGAAACAGACAACAGUACUUGAUAUACAAUGAACGGCUGACAACACUGCUGGAGAUAUCUGUGCUCAUGAAGAGGACAGAGCUGACAGAGGUGGACAACAUCAUUGCAUCAAAGGAGAGUCGUAUGGAAAUGGCCAAAGGACUGAUUGAAAGAGACAAUUACAGCUCUGAAGAGUCUCUCAAGAUGAUUGAGAGGAAAUCCACAGUUGCCAGAACACUUUUUGAAAAGGAGAGGAAGACCAAAGAGGAGAGGAAUGCUGUGAUUGAGAAAUCGACUGACAAAAUAAGGACCAUAAAAAGUGAACUCGCUGAGAUUGAAGAAAUCCUGAAUAAUUAUAAGAGAUGUCGGAACAUUCUGUUCAAGCUGGCGCCUCCGGAGUGGCAGGAGGCACAGGAAGCAGAAGCUCUGAAAGCCAGAGUCCUGUCUGACAGAGCUGCUCAGGAUGAGCAGAGCCAGGAUCCUCAGGAGUUGGCAGUUAGGCAGGGUUUGGAGGGAGCUAGUCCAGGAAGAGCGCUGCCUUCGACUGAAGAGCCCACAGUGUCCUCAGCUCACAGAGACACAAUGGUCAAAACUUCUAAACUGGAUAGUGACAGCUCAGAAUGUGAGGAGAAACUAGAGCUAUACUUCUCUGACUCCCACCAGCUGCAGGACCUGGUGACGGAGCUAACGGAGCAGAAUUUGUCCCUAAUUCAGGGGUCCACCAGGGUGGAUGAGAUACUGGAAGAGCUGCAGCAGAGUAUUGAGAGCACAUUGAAGAAAAAGAAAGAGCAUGAAGAGAAGGUAUUACUUCAGGUCAGUGACAAGAGGGACAGAACUGACACAGAGAGGGAGAGAGGUGUCCAGCUCAAAAAGAUGGUUCAGCUCCACAACUCAUUAAAAACAGAGGACCAGGACAUCAUGUUGGAUGACAUGGGUGUGAAGGUGACAGAAGUGCAUUGCUGCUGCGUGGAUAGCCGGUUGACCGUCCUCAGCACCUUGGAGAAGCUGUCCAGUGUUGAGUACCGCAUGUCUGUACUGCUCCAGCACAUUGAGAGCAUCCCUGAAGAAAGCUUGGAGGCACUGAGGCAGAUCAAGGACGGUGAGAGGAGGAGCAGGCUGCGUGAAGAAAAUCUGAGACUGGAGCGAGAGAAUCAGAAAGAAAGGAUGAAGAAGUGCAUGCAGAGAUCUCUGGGUGAUUCCAAGAAAAUAAGUGGAAAAAAGCUCAUGCCCAGAUGCUUUCCUGUCGAGCAGAAGAUCAAAGUCAGUGACGAGGACGUCAUCCCUGACGAGGACAAACUCCAGGCUUACCUCUUUACCACCCAGGACAAAGAGAUACAAUGAUUUAAAUAAAUAUGAUGUUUUCUGGGCCAUGA